AUGGGCUUGCCGUCGGGUGCUUGUGUCCGUGACUACGGUUGGCACGGAGGGGAGCGCGAGGCCCGCUCCACAGGACCGGCCUGGCCGAUGGUGGCACGUCCAGGCGCUGCUGCCGCCCAAGCCUCUGGUUGCCUGGCGAAAACAAAGCCCCCUUCAGAAUGGAUCGUUGUCUGUUGGGCAGGUCCGAUUCGCGUUCUACUUGGCCCUCAACCGGCCAACCACACAUUGCCUGGCCGACUCGACUGUGAAUUAUCCCAUAUUGUCGGCCUAGCCGGUCGGUUGACUGCCAUGGCACGGGACAGAUCGGGACAGAUGAAUGGCUCCCAGUCGGCCUGGUGCUACGCUUGCACUCUUUCUCCAUUUCUUGUCUUUUUCUCUUCUUCUCUUCUUCUCUUCUUCCCUUCUUCGCUAAACUUACCUCGUCCUGCCACUAAUACAACUCGUCUACCUUCCUAA